ACUUCGCUUCGCACUAUAUAAUUAUAACAAAGAAAUUUCAACCAAAGAAAUUUGCACUUCAUAUUAUUGCAAACUAUCACAAUACAAUUGUUAAUGUGUGUUUCUUCAACAAUAUAAGAUUAACUAUUAAUUAAUUAUAAUGAAGGAAAAAAUGGCGACAGAGAUAUCAUUUCAUUUGGUAUUUACAUUGGUGGUGUUGUCACACUAUUCAGUUUUGUGUGAAGAAGAUCCAUGGCAAAGUUUAAUAGACCAAGCCAAACAAUCUGGUAUCCCUCAAGAUACAUUGAAUGAAGCUCAAAGUGUUUUGGAAGAUGAAGCUAUUGAACAAGUUGCUAUAGAAGCUUUGGGUGAUGGGCCUAAUUCCUUGGUUGGAUGGGUAGAAGAAGCGGACGGUGAGGAAACAAACAGAGGAAAUCAAGCACCAGUAGAAGCACCAGCAAAUUUACCUGAUGAUGAAGAGGAUGAAGUGGAGUCACCAGAGAAUUCACCAACAGAAUCACCAAAUUUUGCUCCAAUUGAAGCACCUGAAUUGACACCAACAAAUGCACCUAUUGAUCCUCCUGUAUUGUCACCAACAAAUAUAGCAAGAAAAUUUGCAUCCUUAAAAGCACCAACCAAUGCACCUUUAAGGGCACCAUCACCUGCACCCAAUGCAGCAUCACCUAAAGCAUGAGAUAAAUAUUUGUUUAUUUAGUUAUACAUUAAUGUGUUAUAUAUGUGUAUACUUAAUUAGUGUCGUGUAGAUUAAGCCUUUACAGUAAAUUAUUAUGUCCAAUAUUUUUUCACAAACGCUUACUUUAUAAUUAAAAUAACAAUGUGUGAAAUCCAACAAA